GAAGACUAUCUUCUCAUUUCUCACAGGAUCAAAGAAAGAUAGAGAGAGUUUAAACUUUCCUUAUAAUCAUAAAUCACUCAGUGCACACACAAAGUCCGAGGUUAAUGGUUUCUCGACAAGAAGGAGCCCUCUUCUCCAGUAAGAGGGAUUUAAAAAUCUUUGGAGAAGAGUUUCACAAGUUCAAGAAGACUAAACUAGUAGAUCAAUCACAUGGUAAACUUCAGAGCACUAGACCAAUAGAGCCUCUACCUUGUCCAAGAACUUACCUUGAACGAACCAUAGAGCCUAAGGUCUAUUCAAGAACAUCAGAGGAUCAUAUGACAAACCCAAAAGAUUUGGUGGUUGUUGGACGACCUAAGAUGAGUCUAGACCUUCAGCUGAACCUUUCACCUUCUUAUUCACCUUCAAAAACCACUACAAAGAUAGUUGAAUCCUCAAAUCACAACGUGACCGUGUCAUCACCAAAUGUCAAAAAUUUGACAAGCCCGAGGGAGAAGACCACGCUGUCUUGGCUUGCGUUUGACGGUGGUGAUGAUGUUGAUCACAAGGAGCAAGAGAUGGUACCAAAAGUGUGCAUGAAAUGCCACAUGCUGGUCAUGCUGUCCACAUCAACUCCUGUUUGUCCCAACUGCAAGUUCAUGCACCCACGUGAUCACAGCUCUACAAAACUGUUUAAACCACCAAAUUUGCUUUGGCUCCUAUGCUAGGCUCUUCAGAGUUAUUGGAUAUUAAUUUUCGUAAGGAAUAAAUAUGAGCCGUAGAUUAGACAAGGAUGUAUAUUCUAUGAUUCCGUGAAGGAUAUAUCCAAUCUCCUUGUCCAUGCU